AAUGAAGACCACCUUCUGCCUUCUGGCCCUUGUCGCCGUCGCUACCGCUUUGGCUCUCCCAAGCCAACAGGACAAUGCCAUGAGCUGCCUCAUGUGCGAGGUCGGAGUCCGUGCUGCUGAAAACCCAGCUGACAGAGAAGCUCACACCGUUGAGGACAAAUUUGACGCCGAAUGCAAGAAGGAACUUGGAAUCAUUCCAUUUGCCGAGAAGGAAUGUGAGAAGUACGGAAACUCCAAGCUUGACCCCAUCAUCAACGAGCUCGAGGGAGGAACUGCUCCAGAAGAUGUCUGCAAAAAGCUCAAGGAGUGCUAAUUCUUUAUGUUUCUUUUUCUUCUGAUAAAGUGUGAAUGACCUU